AUGGCCUACUCAACCUCGACUACAAAUUCACCUCCCCCGUUUACCAAACUCCCGCACUCUGCCUUUCUCGCUGACAUUGAAAAUAACAUCACGUUGCGUCUACUGGAGUUCAAUUUCACGCUCCGGGCCCAAGACUUGGUCCAGUAUAGGGCGCUAUUCUCGACGCUGCCGCUCAUCGGCGAAAGAAUCUUUCCACCAUACUAUGUAGCGGGGUUCAGACCAGAUGGUUCAUUCCAAUUCUACCCUCCGUAUCAGGUGCCGCAACCGAACAAACCUCCGCCCGGACAAUCGGCAGACCGAAUUAUUCAGUCUUUUCUCGGCCUUCUCAGCGUCAUUUAUGAUCGACGUAUCUUUUUCCAUAACAUGGAGGAGGUUCGCGAUGUGUGUGACAUGUGUUGCGACUUUGGCCUGCUGCACGAGGUCUCCGACUACAUGAACAACAAGGAGCAUUUUCCCGGUGAGAACCAACAGGUGCUGAGUACGAUUCAUAAAGCGCCCGUGAUGAGCAUGAUCCUAGCAGAGACGUUGCACAACCGGUUUCUAUACUCCCAGGCCUUCACUCUGCUGGCAGGGCAGGUCGUGAACGGCGGCCGUCCAAGGUUCCUAUCAGGUCACAGCGGUGCGUUGGACAAGGUGAGUGUGGAGACGCGAGAACGAUUGUUGGCUGCGUACGAUCGGACAAUGCGGCGCUUUGAACGGACGGAGCAGCGGUUACGGAAAGUGAUGGCAGAGUUUCGUGGGUUGCUGGGCGACUUCGGUGUUGACUCCGGUAACAUCGUCUUCGAUCGGUUCGCUAGCCUUUGGACCGUGUUCACAAAGAACCUCCACAGAAAUCCCAACCUAUAUCGGAUGUGGAGGGAAAUCAUCCUCGCGGUUGAACAGCACGAUGGGUGGAAAAGGAACGCUUCGCCUCAAAUGAUCAUGGAACUAGCGGUCACUAAACGAGAACUCGCCGAAUUCCUCCAGAAUGCUCUUUGCUCAAGUAGCUAUUUGUAUAUGCCGGUCUAG